GAAUGAUUGCUGUUAACAAACAUAUGAUAUUUAACGGCAAAACAAAUCAAAACAAUCAUUAAAUCAAACAAUCAUUAAGUGUUUUAAAUGAGAUAUAUUUUAUGACAACACCUCAUCUGCUGAGGCAACUGAUCCGCCGCUCAACACAUAUCUCAUAUCAUCUCAAGACAUACCAUCGCAACACUCGUCAGACAAUUGCCGCUAUUGUCUGUCGCCAAUCAAAUCGCGAACAUACCUCGAGAGACACCGCAAGACAUAUACGAUCGAUGAACACGAGCGCAGACAACGAGCGGACAGCCGGCGGAGGCGGUGGCGGAGGCGCCGGUAGGGGUGAAGCCGAUGGGGCGGAACAGCUGAACGCCGCCGCCGCGGCCACAGUGGCCAACACCACACUCACCGGCGCCGGUAUAGCCGCUGUUCACGUCGUUGUGGGCGGUGGUGGCGGUGGACAGCUGUCGGCGCCCAAACACUGGCGCCCGGACCCGGAGCUGAUGUCACUGCUGACCGAUAUGGGUGUGAGCGGUGUGGCCGCUAAGAAGGCGCUCUACUAUACCAACAACCAGUCGGUAGAGAUGGCCGCCAAUUGGAUCUUCGAGAACCCGUCGCAAGACUUGGACACACCGUUGGAGUUAGAGCUGGACGUCGGCGGCGGAGGACUCAAUAUACCCGUACAGAGUGUGAGGGGCGCGGCUACCGGUGCCGACUCCGGCGGUGCCACGCAGUCAGGUCAACAAUUAGUGUACAAAAUGGUGUUUAUAGUGAACUCGUCACUAGAGAUGGGUGUGGGCAAAGUGGCCGCACAAGUAGCCCACGCGGCGCUCGGUAUGCAUCAGUUGCUACUCCAAGACCAGAACAGAUUCGGCGAAUCACUGAUCCGGUGGUCAGAGUUUGGCGAAACAAAAAUCGUGCUGAAAGGCGAGUCCACUCAACACCUGAUCGAGUUGGAAAAGCAGGCGCUGGUGGCGGGUCUGCCCACGUAUCUCGUCCAGGACGCCGGCCGCACACAAGUCAAGGCCGGCUCCACCACUGUCUUGUGCCUAUACGGACAGUGCGAUCGCGUCGACGGUGUGUCCGGAAAGUUGCGGCUCUUGUGAUGCGGCGCCCGA